AUGACAGAGGCAGACCCAAGCAGUCCACAACGUCUCCCGGAAGACGUCAUGUACGUCCUCUUAGGACACGUCGGCGCCACUGCCAGCCCUUCCGCCCUCACCACCUUUCUGCGCGUCUCCCGCUCCUUCCACAAGAGGCUUAUUCCCUUCCUCUACAAAAAACCAACUCUUACCCAGUGGAACGUCCCCGGCUUCCUCUUCGGGCUCUCUUCUACCGACAAAAUUGAUGACGAUGAGAGGGAACAAUGGUGGCAAGGAGACGUAGCGGACAAAAAGUCGGCUGUUGCGAGAAGGCUGGCUAUGCUGGGACAUGUGCAGUCCUGCGUCUUUGAGGAUUAUGACGCUGUAAUCAUGGCUGAGCCCCUCGUGCUGGUGAUCAUUGAGUACGACAAUAUCAACCCCGCUGGGAUACUGUCUUCCUCCCAACGCGGUAUUGCAAUGCACCUCCGGGGCAGUGUGAACACUCGGUCGAUCGCACACACUGAGCAAGUCGUUGUGUUCUUGUCAGAACACAUGAGACUCACGAGGGAGCCCCUCUUCUACAUCAUAUAUAACUUUUCAAUGGAUGAGGCGAGCUACGACCACUGUAACGGCAAACGAGUCAGAAACUUGAUCCUCAACCGUGCUUUCGCGGCGGCCUCCCAAUCGCCUCAAGAGAGGAUCGUGAGGCUGGGGGUCAUCAUGCAAGGCCCUCAGUCGAAUACUGCUACGGUGGAGAGGAUGAGGGAUGAUAUUUUUGAGAUGAUGAAGGAAGGUUGA